UUUACUGCAUAUACUAAGCGAAGAAGAACUAAACAAGAUUUGUCAAGUUAAAGAAAAAAUAGUAAAAUUAGAAUUGCGAUUGGAAGAAAAUGAGCAAUUACAGUCUAGUGUAGAAAUAUCUUCUAAUAAUUAA